CAGCCAAAGAGCCUUUGCAUGACGGAAUCCACUACACAACAACAUUUUAAAACAUCAUCAAUGUGUCAGUCUAUCAAUUUAAUGAAGAAGAUCUUGAUGAUUCUAUGAAGAAGAUGAACCGAAGAUACUGUGUACUGCUUUCAAUUUUUAUCUGUCAGGUUUAUACCAUGCUGGCUCAGGAAUGUGCCGGUAAACAGGAACUACAGAGCUCAAUUCAACAAGUUCAUAAACUUCUUUCAGCGCAGGAAGCCUCAUAUCUGCAGAGUCUUCGUACUCUGAGGAAGAAACUCAAUCUACUGCAGUACAGUGUUGCUCACCUGCCCGCUAAACCAAAGAACUUCACUUGCCCAAACCUGGACACUCCAGUCAAUGGCAGAAAGCUGGGGACAGUUCUGCUCCCUGGUCAUGAUGUUCACUUCCUGUGUGACGUGGGCUAUGAGCUAGUGGGCUCAGAGACUCGGCGGUGUAAAGAUUCACUCAGCUGGACUGGUCAACAACCACUCUGCAAAGAUAUCAAUGAGUGUCUUUCUACACCUUGUGCUAAUGGAGGAACCUGUACAGAUGAGGUCAAUGCAUUCAGCUGUGUCUGUCCCCAUGGCUGGGCUGGACCCACCUGCCAAUCUCCAACACCAACACUUUUUGUUUCUAUAACCAACACAUCCUCUGCAAGCACUGGAGCUGAGGCCGCCUCCUCCUUUCCUUUGACUCAGUCUGCUUUCACCUGGAAGUCUAAAUGUAGCCAGGUGCAGGGUACCACCCUCUGCACCUGUGAGCCGGGCUACACCAUCUCAGGACGCGAUAACAGCAUCUGCACGGACAUUGAUGAGUGUAAACUGUUCCACAAUGGUCAGGCCGGCCGUUUGUGUUUACACUCAUGUGUUAACACUCCUGGUGGCUAUCGAUGCACUUGUCCCGCUGGUUACAUUGUGACCCAAGAUGGGCGUAGCUGCAAAGAUAUUGAUGAGUGCAGUACCAGACAAAACAACUGCACCCGUGAUCAGCUCUGCAUCAACACAUAUGGAGGCUUUCAGUGUGUUAAGGUGGAUUGUCCACACAUACGGAAUGCCACCUAUGUAAAAACUUCUCCAGUGCGCUGUGAGCGGAACCCGUGUCCUGUGGACAGCAUGUCUUGCUCUCAGGCGCCAAACUCUGUAUCGUACCAUCACAUGUCUGUGGUGUCCAAUCUGUCCACUCCCCGGGUCAUGUUCCGUGUGUCCGCUGUCAGAAUGAUCGGAGACACGCUUCGGUUUGCAUUACUUGGAGGCCGCAUUCGCCGUUACUUCACUGUACAACGUUCCGAUCGUCAGACUGGUGAACUGUUGCUGGUUAGUCCUGUUCAGGGUCCCGUUACACUGGAAGUUGAGGUGGAGAUGACUGAAUUGGAGAGGAGAGAACUGCUGGGACGCUACAUCACCAGAAUUACCAUUUUUGUCUCGCAAUAUGAGUUUUAGAGACUGCACAUAUUGGUCUAAAGGUAUUCAAACAAAGUGUUUUAUUUAAGAAAUAUAACAUAGCAAGAGUGCUGUUGUACUGAAUGUUACCUGCAGCCUUGUUUAAAAGAACAACAGCACUCUUACUCGUGUCAUAUUGCUGAAAUACCUUUAGAAGUCCAAAGACAUUCAAAACAACAGCCCGAUUGUGAGUAUGAUAUUGCUUUUCUACAACAACUCUAAAAACAUAAAUGUUAAUAAAUUGCAAAAGUAAUGGUCAUUUCAGACAAAAUUGGACCAGUUGGUUUAAAUGUUUGUCACAGAGCAAUGCACAGACUGAUAGCCUGUACGGAAGUGAACACAGACAGACAGAGUAUCCUACACUCCCACACUUAUACAUUUUCAGUUGAAAACUUCUUUGAUUUCAUUGUUUUUCAAAGAAUGCGGAACUAGUGAUCAUUUUCAAAAGUCUAAAUUUUCGGUCGAAUUAUUGAGAAAGUCAUACUCAGUGUCAGUUUAUAGUGCUUAGAGCCUAAAUAUAUUUGUUGUACAUGUAUUUGGACAGAUUUAUAAUAUAAAACAACAUGAAUAAAAUGAAAGGGACCACAACUACCGUGUGUGUUGUAUAAUCAGAAAUGUGUUAGUGUUCUUUAGAGUGUAACUC